AUGAUCCGCGAUCGAUGCCGCCCUCGAUCGGUCUCUUGAUGACUCCAUGUCUAGCACCGGAAUCUCGGUUGCCUCCUUGCCACCGACAGGCAUACCCGGCUAGUCAACCAAGCUGUUGGAACUGCCGUUUAGCGUUCCGGUUACUGUACCACAUGGUCGCACGUACAACCGAGAGACAGAAGCGGGUUGUUGCAUCUUGACCGCCUCCAAUUCAGAUGAUCUUUACCGAGAAGGUUGGGUCGAGAGUACUCAUCAUCUCGAUGGCGACUCCGCCAAACGAAAGUUCGAAAUGUCAGAAAAAACAGGUGUUUCACCGCCAGGAAUUCCCGUCCUUUGUAUAUGGGGUUUGUGAUAACCAUCCAUUCACAGAGUACCAGAUCGUCAGUUCUCAUGUGCGAAUCAACUGCCGGUGCGGUCUUGUCGGACCGCCCUGGUUCCCGCACCGCAAGGUAACCGCACCUCAUUUGUUCCAACCCGCCGCAUGUUACCUGUCAACUUUAUUUAGUCGGCUUUGUGCGCCUUGGCCCGGAAAGAAGCGUGUGGUUGCGCCUGAGCUGCUACACAGCUUGAACAGGUCAUGCGAAGUUGUACUGGCAACCAGCGUGCAAUAUCUCAUAGGGAAAAGCCUGUGUUGGUGGCUGCAUAUUAUCGGAGGACUCUCUUCAAUUGGACUAGCCAUACCGAAACAUCGAAUCUCGGUGAUAACUGACAAAUCGUCUGUUGUCGGUCCGCAACAGGCAGCCCCUAUCCCGGCAUCGCAAGCCCGCAUGAUGGCCAUAUUUUCUUCUUGUUGUCUCAUUUACAAGCGGCGUAGAAGCCUAUUAGCCAGUCUCGACCCUUGCUUUCUUCUCCGUGGACGUAGCCUGUCCCACAGUCAACGGUCAUGCUGGACUUGGAGUACCUAUGGCUACACCAUCAUGCACGCACCCUACUGCAAGCCGUCCUUGGAUCGACGAGCCCCCGUCGAGCGUCGUCUGUUCUUUUCGGUGGCAUCCUUUACUAAUGCCGAACCUGCAACCCGCAACUGGUGCCAUCGGGUUAGCUAUCGAUGCUACCGACUUGCCAAUCGUGCAUCUCUGCCAAGCUGUAGCAACCGGGCAGGGCUGCAGCACCUUCUGAUGAAUCUGAAGGCUGCGGGCUCGCAGUAGCGUUGCACAUGCGCAGACGAUCGGCCAGCAGGCUCAGAAUGGAGAGGGAUGGUCUGCAAACGCGCCUUUUCGGACGCGAUUUGAUUAUGAACUAGCGUCUUGGCAAAAUAUUGGGAGCGGCUCGGAUUGGAC